GAUCGAGCUCUUCUUCGAAUCCUGGUCCCCAUCAGCCUGCCUUGCGUUCAAGGCGAUCGAAAGCUAAAGUAGCCGGUUUCUGUCCGAAUUGGAAAUUAAACGGUUCUGGUGGGUUGGAUUUGUCCAUGUUUUGAGAGACUUGGAGCUGGGUUCUGAUACCAUACACCUUUCCGUGCGGAUUGAGUGAUUUGAGAAGGUUAGACUAGAGUUGGCAUUACUGUCGAAAUGAAGAACAAUCCGGUCAGAUUGGGCGGAUGUUAUUAUGUCGAAAUGAAGAACAAUGAUGGUCAAAAUUUUCAAUUUUGCAUCAAUUUUCCGUACUGGUAUACAGCUCUGUAUCAGUUUAAGCAACAGAGACUCCCUGUUUGUAAGCCUGUCCUCACUCCAGUAUCGGUUAUGGCUACUUUUCUGGUAAUGGGCUUUGUUUUCAUUCCCGUCGGCCUCAUCACUCUCCAUGGAUCUCGUAAUGCUGUUGAAAUUGUAGACCGGUAUGAUGCUGAGUGUGUUCCUGAAGAAUUCCGAGGAAACAAGCUGUCAUAUAUUACCGAUAAAACAGUUUCAAAGAAUUGUACACGUUACUUGAAGGUGCAAAAGCAUAUGAAGGCUCCAAUUUAUAUCUACUACCAGCUUGAUAACUACUACCAAAAUCACCGGCGAUACGUAAAGAGUAGAAGUGAUCAGCAACUGUUACAUGGAUUGAAGUAUAGCCGCACAAGUUCUUGUGAACCUGAAGAGUUUGAUAAUGGUCUCCCUAUUGUCCCUUGUGGGUUGAUAGCUUGGAGUCUGUUCAAUGAUACAUUCACAUUUUUUCGGGAAAGAACCAAAGUGAGGGUCAGCCGGAAAAACAUUGCAUGGAAGAGUGACCGCGACCACAAGUUUGGAAAGAAUGUAUAUCCUUACAAUUUUCAGAAUGGAACUUUGGUUGGUGGCUCAGAGUUGGAUCCAAGAAUUCCAUUAAGCGAGGAAGAGGACCUUAUCGUGUGGAUGCGGACAGCUGCUUUACCGAGCUUCCGGAAAUUAUACGGAAGAAUCGAAGAGGACUUGGAGCAAGGUGAUGUUGUCGUGGUGAAUUUGAUGAACAACUACAAUACUUACAGCUUUGGUGGGAUGAAGAAACUUGUUCUCUCCACGUCAAGUUGGUUGGGAGGAAGAAACGACUUUCUCGGUAUCGCCUAUCUCGUUGUUGGUUCUUCUUCUAUUAUCAUAUCCAUCAUCUUCAUGUUGCUUCACAUGAAAAACCCUAGGCCUUAUGGGGACAAUUCUUGGAACAAGAAAAGCAUUUCCGGUUGAAAGCUGUUACAUUUCUUCCUCAGUGGAAUUGGUUCACAGGUUCUUAUCUAUUCUUACUGCAUUCUGAGUUGUACUUUAUGUAGUAUUUGUCUAAAUAUGCGACUAGAUAGAGAUAGGCACUCUCUUCCUAUAAACAUGUAGGGAAUAUAUAUAUAAUCGAUAUACGAGCAAGAUCAUAGGUUUUCCGCAUGUAACAGAACCACAUGUGUUUUUGUCUUCUAAAGAUUAUACAAUAUAGGUACCAUUUGCCCCCUUUGGUAACACCCACGAAAUACCUACAUUAAGACGGGUUUAUUUUGUUAUAUCUAUCUUUAUCCCCUCUAUAUUUAGCAAUAUAGCCAAAAAAAUUCACAGUUUGCAUCCUUGGCAUUAUGCAAAUCGUUCGUUUUUUUCUGUCUUUCCUCGAAAUUUUCUCGUCUGUCUCUCCUUUUCCAUGUUUAUAACCUUGUGCAUUUUCAGUCUCUCUAUUUAAGCUCUCCAUUUCUACUACACCCAUAACCCGAAAACCGAUUUCAUAUGCACCUCUAGUGUCCUUUGGACGAUCUCUCCCAUUCAUCAUCGGUCCCCCGAAGAAACCCUAAAUCUAAAAAUGGUGAAGGAAAUGAGGUUUGUUCAAACAUGGGGGGAGGUAGCCCCAUCGCUUCUAGUAUCCCACCAGAAGAAUUUCUCGAGCUUGCCAAAGCUGGAGACUAUUAUCGAAGAAGGAUGCGACAGUUUUGCUGUUGGGGCACCUAAGCGCAUAGUCAUAUUUCUUCCUCUUGUGCUCUCAAUGUUCUUUUACUUGGUCUUGUACAAGAAUAUCAUAGGUUCUUGACUGGUUCUUUUUUUUAGUGGUUUUGUCAUGAGCGGGAGAUCUGAUAAUAUGUUGUUUUCUAGGGGAAGUUUAUGGCAAUCUCUGCAUGUUUCUUUUAAGGUUGAAUAGAGUUUGGAACUUGAAAAUUCUAGUUUUUUGUUUCCCUGAUUUAAGAGGGCAUCUUUCAGAUUUUGUAUCUGAUAAUCACAUGAACAGAUCAGAUGAAUUGGAGGAAAAAAAGCUCUUCUGCUGUAUUA